GUUAGAAGGUAUGAUUAAAGAACAAACCACCCAAAUUUCUGAACUUUUGAAAAAAUUUGGAGAUAUUGAAACCGAAGAAGAUAGCAAAUUUAAGAAUGGUGAUAUAGAUGAUGUAGUGGAUGAUGUAUUGAUGACUAAUAAAGAUGGACAGCCAGAAAAUUCUGAUGAUGAUGAUCUUGUAAUGGCCGAUUGA